AGAGCUGGAGAGAGUGAGAGGCUUUGUGCUUACUGUGUGUUUCUCAGGAGAAUGAAUGAUGAGAGGACUACAGCUCCACUUUCUUCUUCACUGGAGGAUUUUUAACUGGAUUUUACUUCCACUAAGUCAGUGCUUUAAUACUGGAUUGUUUUCCUGUUAUCAACCUCUGUAUGCACAACUGCUCUAUGGUCCAUGAGAGUAGAAAUGCCGGACGGUUUCUCAGCUUAGGACAUGGUUUCCUGAACAGCCCCACCACCGACACAUCACAAAGAUAAGCCAGUCUAUCCUGGGCCAUGACUGCUCUGCUUCCCAACGUCAGUGUACCGUGGAGUACAGCAGUCCUGCUGGCAACCACGGACAGUCCAUUUAACCUGACUGCAGCUGCUCAGGCAGGACUCGGGUCUGGCCAGUCACUGGCCCCUCUCUGUACCCUCUGCUGCUGUGGGUUUCUCAAUCGCACCUUGGCGGUGGUGUUCAUGGUCAGUCUGGCAUUUGCCAUCGUGGUUGGAAACGUGGUCACACUCACUGUCUUUGUGCAAACAAGGCAAUCAAGAACACCACAGGGAUACUUGAAAGUGUCUCUGGCCAUAGCAGACAUGAUGGUCGGUGUCCUGGUGGUCCCUUUCUCUGUCUACACUGAAAUUUCUCUGAUGGUGACAAGCGCUCCUCCCAUUUGGUACCAGGGUAGUUCUACUUCCCUGAUUUCUUCCUCCUCUUCCCUUGGUGGACUAGUGAGCCCUUGGCAGCCCUGCAUGCUGAUUGGUCCCGUGUUCGCAGGAUGCACUUUUGUCUCCAUCAGCACCAUCUUCCUCAUGACCUUGGAACGAAGCGUGGCCAUCUUACGGCCACUGCACAAGGACGCCUUAGUGACCCGGAGACGAACUCUGCUUCUCAUCCUGCUCUCUUGGGCUGCAAGCUUCCUGCUGGCUCUCGCGCCUCUCAUCUUCAGCAGUAACUUCACUUUGGAGUACAAUGAGUGCAGUCGUAUGUGCAACUACACCCCACUCUUGAUUGGAAGUCAGCUCCCACCUGAUGCCAACAUUUUGCUGUUAUUCCCAGCAUUUGACUUCACACUGCUCGGUGGCACAUUAGCAGUUAAUAUUGUGUCUUUCACUAGUAUUCGACGGUACUCCAGAAAACGCAAACUGCUCUCAGAGGGGAGUCUGAGUGACGGAGGGGGAGGAGGAGGAGGGUGCCCUCACAGGCCUUCCUUUUCAGACAUCAAAGCUGCCAAGACAAUUGGCAUACUUACAUUUGCCUUCACAGCAUCCUUCUCUCCCAUCGCAGUGUUUGUGCUCGGGAACGUGGUGGGAUACACCUGGUGUAACUUCUCCUUUUUUGCCUUCUGGAUCCUCACAGGAAACAGCUGUUGUAAUGUUAUCAUCUACAGUGUCAGGGACCACCGCUUCAGGAAGGGUGUGACCCUGCUCUUUCAGCGAGACCAGUCCCCCCCACAUGGUGAGAAGACUUGAAGGAUGCAUUAAUUCAUUCAGUAACAGGAAGUUAAUGU